AUGCAUACACUAAGAUUGCGAGUCGAAGAUGCACUUUCAUAUUUAGAAUUGGUCAAACAACGAUAUGCUCAUGCACCAGAUACAUACAUCGAAUUUCUCGAUAUUAUGAAGGAUUUUAAAUCUCAAGCGAUUGAUACACCCGAAGUAAUACAUCGAGUUUCACGACUUUUUCGAUUAAGUCCAUCACUGAUAACUGGAUUCAAUGCCUUUCUACCUCCAGGCUUCGAAGUUUGUACAUCGGGCUCAAAAAUUUUUAUCAGAGAGCCAUGUGGAAGAACUCAGAUUAUCUAUGAUGGAGCACAAGAUCAACAACAAUCGGUGGAGGAUACCAUGGAGCAAGAACGAGUCGUUACUCAUCCAGAAAUGCAUUGUCAUCCACAAAGUGCCAGUUGUCAUGAAACUGAUGAACAGUGUCGCUCAUCGGAUUCAUCGCAACAAAAGUCUGAUAGUAAUGAAACUUCGAAUCCUAUUACCACUUCUACUUUUAGUUCAAAAUUAUCUAAUGACUCUUCAUCUGCUGGUCCCUCUGCUUUCGACCAUGCUAUUGCUUAUGACAUUUUUAUUUCUCAUGAGGAAUCAUUAUUAUCCAAUUAUCGUUAUAAUUAUUAUAAUCAUAUUCAGCAAAGUAAAGCUAGAUUUCAACACCAGCCUCAUAUUUAUCAUCAGUUUUUGGAUAUUCUUCAUGCUUAUCAAGAUCUUCAUGAAGACUCUCCUAAGCGAGAUAUUUUGGCUGAAAGUCAAGUUUAUAAUUCAGUCGCUUCAUUAUUCGAGAACGAACCUGAUUUAAUUCGAGAAUUUUCUCUUUAUUUACCUGGUGUUUGUGGCAUUCUGGAUAAAUCGACUCAAAAUUCAGAUUUAGCAUUCAAGUCGAAAACAUCAAAAGAUGGCAGUCGAGCCACUUUAGUUAUUUCUCCACAACCUGUUUGUGUUCCAAACGAAGGAACUGUUAUUGCUACAAAUUGUGCUUCUUCAACUUCUCUUAAGCGGCAUCUCCAACGACAACCUGCGAUAAUUAGAAAGAAGGCUAAAUUUGGUGCUGUUGAUGUUGUUUCAAAUGACUAUAAUCACGAUGAUUUAAUUAAGAACGUGCAGCGAUUGCUGAAUCCUGAUUCAUUUCAAAAUUUUCUUCGGUGUUUAUUAUUAUAUAAUCAGGGUAUAACUUCGAAACAUGAACUUAUUGAGUUGGUUACUCCUUAUCUAAGUAAACGCCCAGAACUUACAAAAUAUUUAAUGGAUUUAAUUAGUAACAAUCGUUCUCCUGAAAAUCAAUUAAUAGUGGAUGAAAAUCGUCGGAAAAUUAAAGCCUCCGAAGAAACCAGUUCAGAAUUAAGCAGUCAUAAGAAAGAUUACGCUACUGGCAAACGGCUCGGAAUCAGCUAUCGUGCUUUGCCGGAAUCUUAUUCACGAGUAAAAUGUUCGGGUCGUACACCUUUGUGCCAGUCUGUAUUAAAUGACACAUGGGUUUCUUUUCCAUCAUGGUCGUCCGAAGAUACUUCUUGCGUGCAUUCAAAAAAGAGUCAAUUCGAAGAAUUCAUGUAUCGAAUGGAAGAUGAACGUUUUGAGUUGGAUAUCGUUAUUGAAGUUAACAAAUCAGCUAUCAAUACCCUCGAGUUUUUACAACGUAAAAUGACUCGAAUGGGAAAAGAAGAUUUAGCUAAAUUCAAACUUGAUUCAUCAUUGGGUGCAACAUCACCAACAAUUAUGUACCGAGCAUUGAAACGUGUUUAUGGGUUUGCUUCUUAUUUUGCUUUAUUAAUUAAAAGCUUAAAAACGAUACUCCAAAGAAAAGUUAUUUUUAGAGAAAAUGCAAAUAAGAUGUUAGAAGGUGCUCAACGCAAUCCGGCCUUGGUAGUACCACGCUUGCUUCAACGAUUACGUGGUAAAGAAAAAGAAUGGCGCGAGCAACAAGCAGGUUUCAAUCGAAUUUGGCGAGAACAAACUGAAAAAUAUUAUGCAAAAAGUCUCGAUCAUCAGGCUUUUACAUUUAAAGCCAAUGAUAUGAAGCAAUUGCGAUCGAAAAUGAUUAUUCAUCAGUUUGAAACUCUUUAUGAUGAGAGGGAAACUCGCAUUGAAGAGACUAGUUCAAUAGAAAGUGGUCCGCAUUGUAUUUACAAAUAUCCAAAAGAUAUGAAUGUAUUAUAUGAUGUGAAUGAUCUGAUAAUUCAUUACGUAAGGCGUCAGACAAAUAUACAAAUAAGUGAAAAGCGAUAUAUCAAACGCUUUUUGAGGCGUCUUAUCCCUGAAUUAUUCAAUAUUGAUCCUCAAGAAUUAAGUGAUGAUGAAGAUGGAGAGGAAACUGAUUUUAAUGAAAAAAUGGAUGCUGAAACGGAAAGUGGAAUACGUCCGACUCGAAGAAACUGUGCAAUUAAAGAAGAAAAAAGUGGUGAAACGAAGUUGUUACAUAACACUGAUUCGCACCAAAAGAUCCAAAAGAUUGAUGCAACUGAAAUACUCCAAGCCUCUGUGGAGGAGUCAAUUUCCGCCCCUGAUAAAUUACAAAAAAAAGGAACGGCUUAUCGUCUCAUCUAUGGCGCUAAUUCAUGGUGCAUUUUUUUGAGGCUUCACCAAGCUCUCUGCGAUCGCCUAGCUCGUUUGAAAAAAAUCAAUGCUGAUUUGCUUGAAAAUUAUCAGGUAGAAGAGCGGAUAAGAUAUGGUCAAAAAGAAGCUCUUCGCCAGUGUAGUGUUGGGAGAGUUGAACACAACUUGCAGUCAGACGAAGAUUUCGGCUUGAAUCUUCUUAAGAAAUCUCGUCAAUGUCCAGAAAAUUUUUAUCGAACUACAAUUCUAGAAAUAAAAAAUCUUCUGGAUGGACAUAUCGAAAAUAUGGCUUUCGAAGAUUCCAUAAGAUGUAUGUUUGGAACCGAAGCUUAUAUCACCUUCACCAUGGAUAAAAUCAUUUCAACGAUUGGUCGUCAACUGCAGUCCAUGGCUUCCGAUGAAUUGCAGUCAAAUAUCUCAACUUUUGAGUUAUAUAAUAGAUAUCGUCUCGAACAUCCUCCAAUUAUGUACGUACAGUCAACAAACGUUAAAAACAUUGAAGCCGUUUAUGAGAAAGCUGCUCAACAGGUAUUUGCUAAUCAGAAUUGCUACAAAACUUAUUUCCUACAUAGUUCAAAUUGUGUUUCGGUUGAGCUGAUCGAUUCGGACGUUAUUGAAGAAAAUGGUGAAAAAACUAAAGGUGAAGAUCAUAAAUGGAAUUCAUAUGUGAAUCUUUGGCUUAUUCGAAAAAAAACAUGUCAUGAAGACUUGACAAGCUUAGACACCAAGGAGCAGCAAAAGCUUUUUGAAAGAAUGUCAGAAAGUCCCGUGUUUCUCAUGCGAUUGGUAAGGCAGGGUAUGGAGCGAUACAGGAAAAGGGAAGAAGAUGUGAAAAGAAAAGGGAAAUGUCGUUCACGAUUUCAACCAAACGAAAAACAUAGGACUUUCUUAAAUAUAACGGAGGAUCUGCAUGUUCGCUUCAGUCAAGAAAAUAAUUAUCAGAUGCGAUUCGUUCAUGGUUCUUUCGAAUUUCUUCUCAGAGGUGGAGCUCCAAAGCGUGGCCAUUCGAAACACAAAACCUUAGUGGCUCGAAGAAAAGAGAGGUUCACGACAUGGUUGGAAGAAAAAUUAUGUGAGGAUAACGUUGUCGCUCCUCGAAAUUGGCUUUCAGAUGGAUCAAAAAUAAUUCCUGUUAAACAUCCAGCUUAUGCAUACCUUACUUAUAAUCGUUAUGUCACUACCAAUGAUGACAUAGCGCCCUCGGCUUCCUUGCCGUAG